CUGUACUUCCGCAGUUUCUGGUCAUCCCUUGCUGUCCGCAGUUCUGGUCAUCCCUGUACUGUCCGCAGUCUCUGGUUUAUCCCCUGUACUGUGUCCGCAAUCUCUGGUCAUCCCCUGUACUGUGUCCUGCAGUCUCUGGUCACCCCUGUACUGUGUCUGCAGUCUCUGGUCAUCCCUAGUACUGUGUCCGCAAUCUUGGUCAUCUCCUGUACUGUGUCCGCAGUCUCUGGUCAUCUCCUGUACUGUGUCCGCAUUCUCUGGUCAUCUCCUGUACUGUGUCCGCAGUCUCUGGUCAUCUCUUGU